UAUUAUGACGUUAACUUUUAAUAUUUUAUUACGUUCCAGAAAGUGUGCCCCCUUAACAAAUAGCCGUAUAAAUGUGGAGAUUUUACAGAGAACACAACUCAGUUCGAAGUGAUUUGUUCUCGCGUCAUUGUCGAAGAGGUGCUGCUGAAUGCCAAUAAAUUUAGAAAAAUUUAGUGUGUGAUUUUUGGGUGAUACAAUGAACAGUGUGUUAGAUGUGGGACGUGAAAAAUAUGUGCCAUCAACAGAAAAAGGGCAAUCUCAUUUUAAAAUCCAGUUGAGACUUUUCUGGUACUUUUUGUCGUUCUUAUAUGCACUUUUCGUGGGAGGCAUUGAAAGUAUCAUUGCGUGCUUCCGGCAGCAGGAAAAAUCUCUAAAUGGACAAUUAGCAGUAGUGACAGGGGGUGGUAAUGGGUUGGGUAAAGCGAUUUGCUUGCGAUUGGCAGAGGAAAAGUGCAACAUUGCCGUUGUAGAUGUUGAUAUCCGUGCUGCUGAGGUAACAGCUUUGGAGCUUACGUCAUUAGGAGUCAAGUCUAAGGCAUACAAAGCCGAUGUUUCGAAUUAUGACGAACUUCUUACCUUACGAUCUCAAAUCCAGAAUGAUUUUGGAUCCGUUGAUGUUCUCAUUAAUAAUGCUGGUUUAGUGACGAAAAUAUCCCUAUCUGAAGGUACUCCUGAAGACAUUCAGAAAGUUAUAAAUGUGAAUAUAGCAUCAAAUUUCUGGACAACCAGGAUCUUCCUGAAAGAUAUGAUCGCUCAGAAGCGGGGUCAUAUUGUGGGAAUAUCGUCAAUAUUUGGACUUGUCCCAAGUGGUCGGUCGAUUCUAUACAACACCACCAAAUUUGCUGUUAGAGGAUUUAUGUCGUGUUUAAGUGAAGAAAUCCGACUCAACAAUCUAUCCAGCCACAUCAAGACAACUUGUAUUUACCCACUAUUCAUCUCCACUCGGGAUGACCUUAUAAGUGCCUUAGUUCGGUUGAAAUUUUUUGAUAGAAUUGUAGUCAUGUCGCCCAAAUAUGCAGCAGCUCAGAUAGUCAGCGCGAUUAAGAAAGAGAAACUUCACGCACCAAUUCCUAAUGGAGUUUACACACUGUCCGGUCUAUUGGCAAUUCUACCAAGAAGGAUUAUGGAAAGGUAUUUCGAUACAACUUUUGGGAAAAUUCCACCAAUUUACUGAGAACCAGAAUAUUAAACUGGAAAUGAAAAAAAAACGCACUUAUUAAAUAUAAUUAUAUGCAAUAUGUAAAUUAAAAAUUGCAUUUGUUAGAUGUGAUUUAUUCCAUGUAUUUCAAAUGAUGUGCUUUGUGAGAUUUUAAUUGUUCCGCAUUCAAUAUGCAUAAUCAUAAAUUGGUGAUAAAAAACCAAACCGAAGUGUUUAUUGUUAAGGUUUGGUGGUUUCUAAAGAUUAAAAAAAAUUCUAAAUAUUAUAUGGAUUAAAAAUUUUCAUGAAAUAAACAAAUUGUGAUAAAAA